AUGGUUGGUGGUGGUAGGCAUGGCGGAAGCACAGUGGCCAUGACUUUUGGAAGACCCAUGAUGGAUGGUGGUUACGGUGGAUGGUGGUGGCCAUGGUGGUGGUCAAGACAGAAGGUGGUCAAGACAGGUGGUGGUCAAGACAGAAGGUUGGUCAAGACGGAUUGUGGUCAAGACGGAAGAAGGUUGGUCAAGACAGAAGGUGGUCAAGACAGAUUGUGGUCAAGACGGAUGGUAGUCAAGACAGAAGGUUGGUCAAGACGGAUUGUGGUCAAGACAGAAGAAGGUUGGUCAAGACAGAAGGUGGUCAAGACAGAUUGUGGUCAAGACAGGUGGUGGUCAAGACAGGUGGUGGUCAAGACAGAAGGUUGGUCAAGACGGAUUGUGGUCAAGACGGAAGAAGGUUGGUCAAGACAGAAGGUUGGUCAAGACGGAUUGUGGUCAAGACAGAAGAAGGUUGGUCAAGACAGAAGGUGGUCAAGACAGAUUGUGGUCAAGACGGAUGGUAGUCAAGACAGAAGGUUGGUCAAGACGGAUGGUAGUCAAGACAGAAGAAGGUUGGUCAAGACAGGUGGUGGUCAAGACAGAAGGUGGUCAAGACAGAUAAGGUGA